UGACAGGGUGCCUGGGCAGGAUAGCGGAGGGCUAUGUGCCAGGGUCACGUGACCACAGCGAGGACAUGAGCAGUAACUCACCGGCCAAGGCUGCCUUUACCGGGACGGUAAAGGUACCGAGCCCGAAGCGGGAGAACGGCUACUCUGUGGGGCCGGCGACCCAGCUUAUCAUCAAGGAUGUGGGAGAAAUUCAUUCCAGACUGUUGGAUCACCGACCGAUCAUUCAGGGUGAAACCCGCUACUUCAUCAAGGAGUUUGAGGAAAAGCGUGGGCACAGAGAAAUGAGAGUUCUAGAAAAUGUGAAAAACAGCUUAUCUGAAACCAGUGAUCAUGUUCUUCCGAGGUGUACAGAUGUAAUGCGAGAUCAGUUCGGACUGGCGCUGAAAUCAUUGGAAGCUGCCAAUCUUACCAUCCAUAGGCUCCAGCAGCGAGAGCAGGAGAAUGAGAAGAGUAAGACAGCAGCCCAACUUAGACAUGAGAACUUUCGCUCGCUGUGGGAAGCGUUCAUGAAGGAACAGGAGCAGAGACGUUUGGCAAUAGACGAGGAGCACAAUAAAGCCGUAUUGCGUCUAAAGGAACAAUACGCAGAGAUGGACAGUGAGCUCUCCAAAAUGGCUACCUUUUAAAAACAACCCUAUGCACUUCAUAAAACAUGCCUGUGAUCCAUAGAGGCGUGCUUGCCAUUCUGUUAUCAUCAGCGGUGAGAAUCUAUUACCUCAUAUCAAGUGCCUGAGGAAGAUCAAGAUCUAGAACAAGACUGAGCAGUGCAGGAGAUUCAUGUAUAGAUGUAUAGUAUGCUUUUUUAUCAUGGAUGGUUGGUCUUGUGUUUGUGCUUGUUCCUAGAUUAUUGUUAUCACCUUUGUAUUUGAUCUGUUUUAUGUAAACACUGCUGUACACUGUACAAAUAUCACUGUGAGCAAUAUCUAGCUCCUGCUCUACCUUAGAAAUAAUUCAGCAAUAAAAUAACGUGGUACAGAAAGAA